ACGUCAUGCGAAUGAUGAAUAUUAAGCGAUUGUGAUUUGGUUAUAAGUGGCGUUUUGUGUGGACACGUAUUAAUGUAUUUAGUGAAAUUACAAAAAUGGAAACCGAUUGGAUGAUAGAAGACUCGACGACACCUAAGGUGACGUCAUUAACAUCGUUGGACACAGGGGUUCGGCCCGCUCCAAGUGGAGCAGCGUACGUGGCUGAGCGGAACACAUGUCUCAACUUAUUCUCAAGAUGGAACGAAACAGACCAGGUGGAAUUUGUGGAACAGUUACUGGCGCGAAUGUGCCAUUACCAACAUGGUCACAUCAAUGCAUACCUCAAACCGAUGCUGCAGAGGGAUUUCAUCAGCAUGCUUCCAAAAAAAGGAUUAGAUCACGUAGCGGAAAACAUCUUAUCCUACCUUGACGCUAGUUCCCUCUGCGCUGCGGAGCUGGUCUGUCGCGAGUGGCAGCGGGUUAUAUCUGAGGGUAUGCUGUGGAAGAAACUCGUGGAAAGGAAGGUUCGAACUGACUCGCUAUGGCGAGGACUCGCUGAGAGGAGAGGAUGGAUAAUGUACCUUUUCAAACCGAAGCCUGGUUGCCAGCAUCCGUCGCAUUCGUUCUACCGUCAGCUCUACCCGAAGAUCAUUCAGGACAUACAGUCGAUAGAGGACAAUUGGCGUAUGGGAAGACACAACUUACAAAGGAUAAAUUGUCGAUCAGAGAACUCGAAGGGUGUCUACUGUUUGCAAUAUGACGAUAACAAGAUAGUGUCCGGACUGAGAGACAAUACGAUUAAGAUAUGGGAUAGAAAGACGCUGCAGUGCGUUAAGGAGCUGCAGGGCCACACGGGCUCGGUGCUGUGCCUGCAGUACGACGAGCGCGCCAUCAUCUCGGGCUCCUCGGACAGCACGGUGCGCGUGUGGGACGUGACGACGGGCGCCAUGCUCAACACGCUCAUACACCACUGCGAGGCCGUGCUGCACCUCCGGUUCUGCAACGGCAUGAUGGUCACGUGCAGCAAGGACCGGUCGAUAGCGGUGUGGGACAUGACGUCGACGACGGAGAUCAUGCUGCGGCGCGUGCUGGUGGGCCACCGCGCCGCCGUCAACGUCGUGGACUUCGACGAGAAGUACAUCGUCAGCGCCAGCGGGGACCGCACCAUCAAGGUGUGGAACACGUCGUCGUGCGAGUUCGUCCGCACGCUCAACGGUCACAAGCGAGGGAUCGCGUGCCUCCAGUACAGGGAUAGACUGGUGGUGUCCGGCUCCUCGGACAACACUAUCAGGCUCUGGGAUAUCGAGUGUGGCCAGUGUAUUCGUGUGUUGGAGGGGCAUGAGGAACUUGUUCGGUGUAUACGGUUCGACAACAAGCGCAUCGUGAGCGGCGCGUACGACGGCAAGAUCAAGGUGUGGGACCUGCGCGCCGCGCUCGACGUGCGCACGCCGCACCAGGACCUCUGCCUGCGCACGCUCGUGGAGCACACGGGUCGUGUAUUCCGUCUUCAGUUCGACGAGUUUCAAAUCGUAUCCUCAUCCCACGACGACACGAUCCUCGUGUGGGACUUCCUCAACUACGGCGGGACUUCGCCGGCAGCGCCGCCCCCGCGACGCACCUCCGCGGAGCUCGACCGACCCUUCUAUGACUAGGUAAACUUAACGGACCGCAUUUGGACGUUAUUGUUAUAAUAACGGGUGAACAAAUAAAGCGGUUUCACAUCGCCCCCCCCCUCCAUUCAAUAAAGUGAAGUGACAUUGUACUCAAGCAAAGUGCUUCGGGAAAGUGAAGUGUUAAAGUGAAAAUGAUACAUUUACCUGUGACUCGAGUGCUACUAUUUUGUAUUUUAUUUCUAAUAUGGGUUAUCGUAAAAUGGAUCUCAGAAAGCAUCCUAUGAAUACAAUUUGGCUGUAAGUUUUCAUUAAUAAUAGUUACUUACAUAUAACGUCAUUAUUUCGCCUUAAUAAUUCAACCAUAUAUAUGUAUAAUGGAUGUUCUGAUUCAGUCGUAUAAAAUAUAUAACAUGUAAUUGAAAAUGAUAGAUUAAACAGACCGUAACACCAAUUUUAUCGAUAAGAUUUGUCGUGGAAUUGAGAUGUGAUGAUAUGCAGUAGCGUGUUUUAUGUAUUUAACGUUUGAACAGUUAUCUGAAUGAAUUUUAGUCGCUAGAAUUAUUGAAAUAUGGCCUGAAAAUUCUGUAUAUAUUGUUUGAUGACGAGAAAUUUGCAUCGUUGUAAUUUGAGUGUUGAUAACAAUUGUGUGUACAGUGAUUUAAUUAAAUCCUGGUCAAAAUGAUUUGACGGUAUUAGUUUAAUGUAUAGUAAGAGGAAUACAGCUCAAGUUGGUUUUAUUUUCAAUAAGUGUGACGUCUGAGUGUAUGUUGAGUGUCACUUGUCAUAUUUCUUAGUCUAUACGCUGAUAAAUAAAACUAACCGAUGUUAAUAGUCAAUAGUAUUUAUGAUCGAGCUGCAAAUAAAAAAUAAUGUAGACCAGGAAAGAGGGUUAUAAGGAACUCUAAGUGUAUAUAAAAUUAAAUACAUGGCGUAGUUUGUUUGUUCAUGUCUUAAGGUGCUCACAUGCUAGAAAGCACGCUACUGCAGAUGACAAAGCGUAAAUCUACUAUAAAUGAAUAAAUAUUUGUAUGAGAAACAAUGUUUGUGAAUUUGUUCAGACGACCAGACUCUACUGUACUUAUUUUAGCAGAUAUUAUCAUACAAAAAUAUAAUGUAAAUAGUGAUUUUAAUUAAUAUGGAAAAUUAAGUGGUUUUUUUUUUUCGUUUUGUUCAAUCGAGGUUCUUCCAAACCGGGAAGUCCUCGUACGCUUAUUAUGGACUGUAUCAUAAUAGUGUAAAAUCUAGAUGAACCAUAAUUAAUAUUAAAUACUAUAUUUAGUGCACCAAAAAUGAUUCUCAAGCCUUAAUCGUCAAAUAUCAAUAAAUGAAUGAUGAUAAAUUUAAACACCGUUACUGUAUUGACGAAACGAUUUGUUUUGCUUACUGAUAGUUGGAUUGUCUAAUUGAAGUUUACGAUUUUUUUAAUUAUAAAACUAGUAAUUGUCAUGUUUAUAUGUUUAUUGUUGUAUCUGUUCUUCGUAAACUUCUCUCAGCGAACCAAUUGUAGCACAAUUCAACUAUCGGUUAGAAAAAAUAAUUUCUCUUGAAAAUAGUAACCGGAUGUGAAACUAUUGCAAAGUAUAUUAUCCAUUUCAUACGUUACAUUCUGUUUUUAAAUAUAAUUCAACUUUGUAUUGCAAAAAAACAACCUUUAGGUUAAAUGUAGGCAUCAUCGGUCCAAAGAUACUGGUUAAAUACUGUCAAGUUACACUUUUAAUACUUAAAUUGCUAUUUUAAACAGUUACAGGAAUGUAAUAUAUGAAAUGGAUUAUAUGCGAAUGAGUAUUUUGAACAUUGAAUGAACGACAAAAUGAAUGAUAUACACAAGUGAAUGGUAUGACUUAAAGAUACACAUGAGCCAUACAUACCACUCAUCCAAUAGAAUGUUCCUGUUUAAUUUCUAUUUUAUGUACGUCCGUCUGUUCUGAUGGAUGAGUGACGUUAACUUUUGACUGAGAACUAUGUGUUUAUAAAUAAUAUAUAGUAUGUUUUGAAAACAAUGGAUGUAUCGCGUAAUUGUUAUAAAGCCACAAACUUGUCUGCCUCACAGGAGCAGAAAUAACGACUCCAUUUUGAUAUGUUACUGGGUUUAUUUAUUGUCAUGUUUGAGUUGUAAAUAUAAUUAAAAAGAUUAGGAAUUUGUUGUUUUUUUAAAGCUUUUUUUUUCUAUCUCUACAAUGGUUAAGGAAAGGGACUGUGCGGUGAACAGAUAAUAUUUUUGUCAAGUAGUUGCAAAUGUUAUGGACGUUAUUUAUUUUAUGGCAACACUGAAUUCUAUAACGGUGACUCUUUCGGAUGAGUUUGUUGGCUUUAAAAUUAAAUUAUUUAUCAGUUUAAAAUUGUAUCAAGCGUUAACCGAGAUUUGAGUUGUGAAUAAAUCUCCAACGGCUUUGAAUAGACUUAUAAAUGGUUAAAAGAAAUGACUAUUCUGAGUGGAUAUUUGUUGAGAUGUUUCAGGAUUUAAACUACUUUGAUUUCGAAAUAUAUAUAUUAUUAGUGUUCGCCUUGUGGUCGAUUUUCACGAUAACAUUUGUAUAAACUUGCAUAUUUUGAACACUUAAGUCUACUGAACAAAACAAUAGUCCCAAAUCAGGAGAAUAAAGUACUGAAAUGUUUUGUAGUAGCCUAUUUAUGCAUAGAUAAUCUUUACAAUAAAUUACUCCAAGUCGAAGUAAACGGCUAUGACUAUAUGGGAAGGGAGUUUGAUAUGAAGUGUUAUAUCUGGUAACGAGUGCACAUAAAAACGUUUCAUAAUGUUGAACGUUUAAUUUCGUUUUUACGUAUUGAUUUUCCUAACGGUUAUAUUCUGGUCAGUAUUUCUAUAUAACAUUUUAUGUUCAUUUUUCUGCUGACUAUACAUUCUUGAAGACUACGUCCUUCUCUUACUAACCGUACAUUAUUUGAAAAUGUACAAGAAAUUAAGUUUCCUCGCAAGUACUCGGUAAUUUUAUAUAUAGAUAUUUCUGAUUUUUUUUUUUAAAGGUGUUCCUACAAUUUUGUUACUUGUUGCUCUAGCUCGAAUCUCAUGUAAAAUUUAAUAGCUUUCCGGUUCUUCCCUAAAGUGAUUCUCAGUAGCAGACCGGAGUUAGGAAGGGGUUCUUCAAAUCACAAUUGCCUCAAGGGUUAGAGAUAUCAAUAUAAACAUCGAAGGCUUAAAACAUACCAGAGCUUUAAGAACGAACUGUCAGACAGUGCUGAGCGAAAUUGACUUUAAUAGUUAUUAUAUUUAAAGUAUACGUUACAAUAUACAUAUAGCGAAAGACUUACGUCUUUUCAAAGUGAGUUGCGAAGUUCUUUAACUAUAGUCCUGCUACGUUACGAGAUGUUUCAACAAUAAAUAAAUAUUUUUGUUUUAUAACGAUUCGCUACAUUUUAUUAUUAAUUAUUUUUUUUAUGAAAGUUAUUAAU